AUGAGUAUAGAACAAGACCAACCAUUGUUUGAUCUGCCAGAAGUAUAUGAUAAUCGUGGAGGCUGGGGAGCUGUCGGAACAUUAGGCAAGUUCCAAAAUUUACCUUAUCAGCAGUUCAACAAAGCAGAUAAAAUUGGUAAAGUAGCGGAUUGGAUCGGAGUUACUCAAUACAACGAUCGAUUUAGACGUGAUGGUCGACAUGUCAAUUUGUACAUUUCCGGAGCUGUUGGUUCUCAGUAUGAUUAUGUUCACGAUGAAGAAGAUGCUACAUUUCAGCUUGUCGAUACCAGUAGACCGCAACGAUCAAAUAUACAAAAAAGUGGUCGAAUGCGGCAGCAGCAACAAUUUUAUGUAAGGCGGCGAUUGGUGCAGAAAGAAAAUGAACGAAGAAAUCAAGCAAAUUAUGGGCAAAAUCAAAAAAUUAAGCGUAGCAUUGCGAAGGAACAACAAAAAGCUUUCAAACAGUGGCAACGGCGUGGUGGUGGUACGCGUGGUCGAGGUCGAGGUGGUCAAGGUUUCGGUCGCUGGGAUCAGCGUAACCAAAAGCAGUUAGCUGCAAGUAUUGCUGUGCGUCCGGAAUGGCAAGUAUUGGAAGAGAUGGAUUUUCCUCGACUUUCGAAGCUGAACUUGCCCAAUAUUGACUUAGGCUCAGAUUUAAAUGGUCAUCGUUAUGGUCAACUGUAUUAUUAUGAUAAAUCAUUUGAUCGUGUUACCGUAAGAAAUGAGAAGCCAUUGCAACGCUGUGGUGGUACAUUUUAUAAUUUGACAACAACAGAAGAUCCAAUCAUUCAGAAGUUGGCCCAGGAAAAUGCUGGUAAUGUCUUUGCAACAGAUAUGAUAUUAGCAACUUUAAUGGCAUCCACUCGUUCAGUAUAUAGUUGGGAUGUUAUCGCAUAUCGUGUUGGCGAUAAACUUUUCUUUGACAAACGGGAUACCGGUGGCUUUUCUAAUCCAGUUGAUGCCUUAACAGUGAGCGAAACUUCACCAGAUGCUCCAAAUAGUGAUGAUGCAACAAGCAUCAAUCAUCCGCGUAGUCUUGCAACAGAAGCUCUCUAUAUUAAUCAAAAUUUUCGUCGUAUGGUUCUUAAAAGGAAUGAAGAACCAUUUAAAUAUGAUAAUCCACGUCUGCCAUUCGAUGAGAGUGAGACAGAUGCUGAUUCAUGCGUUGCAUAUAAGUAUCGUUCAUGGAAUUUGGGACGUCAGACGAACGGUACUGAAAUUCGUCUUAUUUGCCGAACUGAGCAUGAUGGUGUUACGGUGGGACCGAAUGGAGAGACGCAAACUUUGACGAUAAAAGCAUUUAACGAGUGGGAUUCUCGGAUGGCAAGUGGUGUAGACUGGAGAAGUAAAUUAGAUACUCAGAAAGGUGCUGUGCUUGCUACAGAACUACAAAAUAAUAGUUGCAAAUUAGCAAAAUGGACAUUACAAGCACUUCUUGCUGGUUCAGAUCAAAUCAAGUUUGGCUACGUUUCGCGACUCAGUAUACGUAAUAGUGCUAGCCACGUCAUCCUUGGCACUCAACAGUACAAACCGACUGAAUUUGCUACAAACAUUACAUUAAAUUUAGACAACGCUUGGGGUAUUUUGCGUUGCAUAAUUGAUCACUGCAUGAAGCAGCCACCAGGAAAAUAUCUUCUUUUGAAAGAUCCAAACAAGCAAGCAGUACGGCUUUAUUCUUUGCCUGAAGGAACGUUUGAAUCAAGUGCUGAAGAGGAAAGUAAUAACUCGGGAGAUGAGAACUCUGAUGGUGAAGCUUAG